UUCCUGAUUGAAACGGUGCGCGAGGUCACUGCAGAACCCAUCUCCUCUCCACAGGUGCUGAGGUGUCUUGUGCUUUUUCUACAUCAGUUAAAGGUGCUAGUUUUUAGCUGGAUUUUGGAGAACCUGCUGCAGCCCAGCACCUCUUAUGCAUGUGGACACUGCUGCUGCUACACGCUCACUACUGCAACUGUCUCUUCGCCGAUGGGCAUCAAAUCAGCUCUCGUCAUCUAAAUGAAGUUACUCAGCCAUGCAAUGUUCCUGGAAGGCUGUGAUUCUGCUAGGCUUGGCGUCGAUCGCCAUCCAGUACACAGCGAUCAGGACGUUCACCGGCAAGCCGUUCCAGAUAUGCCCGGUGCCGAACCCUCUGAACUGCAGCCUGGGGCCGGAGGCAGAGGCUUUCGGAGGCUUGUGCGACGAGUUCCCUUAUUUCUUUUACAACAACUCCAGGAAGACUCACAUCCUCAUUCUGGCCACCACUCGCAGCGGGUCAUCUUUUGUGGGCCAGCUUUUCAACCAGCAUUCGGAUAUUUUCUACCUGUUUGAGCCUCUUUAUCACGUCCAGAGCACCCUGAUCCCUCACUUCACCCACAGCAGGAACACGGCAGACCGCAGGGUGAUGCUGGGGGCCAGCCGGGACCUCCUGCGGAGCUUAUACGACUGCGACCUCUUUUUCUUAGAAAGCUAUAUCAAACCUCAGCCUGCGAACCACACCACGGACAAGCUCUUCCGCCGAGGAGCCAGCAAAGCCCUCUGCUCUCCACCCGUCUGCGAUGCGUUAAGCCCCAGCGAGGCGUACCUAGAGGAGGGCGAAUGCAUCCGCAAAUGUGCCUCCCUCAACCUGACCCUGGCGGCCGAGUCAUGCCGGGAGAAACGCCACGUUGCCAUCAAAACGGUGCGGAUCCCAGAGAUCAGCGACCUCAGAGCGCUCAUUGAGGACCCUCGGCUGAACCUCAAGGUUGUCCAACUGGUCAGAGACCCGCGAGGCAUAUUGGCGUCGCGCAUCGAGACGUUUCGCGACACCUACCGCCUGUGGAGGAUCUGGAGGGCCACUGGACGCAAACCCUACAACCUUGACCUGACCCAGCUCAGCACUGUGUGCGAGGACAUCCUCCGGUCCGUCAACACAGGCUUCAGCCGGCCCUCCUGGCUCCGGGGGAGAUACAUCCUGGUGAGGUACGAGGACCUGGCCCGCAACCCGCUUCAAAAGACCAGGGAGAUUUACGACUUUCUGGGCUUCUCCAUGGAGAAAAGCGUGGAGGAGUGGAUCCAGAACAACACUAGAAGCACCAACGACAUCUCGGCUAGGCACAAGUACGGUACGGUGAGAGACUCGGCCGCCAACGCCGAGAGCUGGAGGCUCAAACUGUCUCACGAAAUCGUCGAACACACACAGAGCGUUUGUCAACAGGUUCUGGAGGAGCUGGGUUACAGAUCUGUGAACUCGCGCGAGGAGCUCAGAAACAUGUCCGUGUCAGUCGUCGAGGACAAAACUUUUCUACCUUUUUUGUAACCAGAAUGAUCGCACAGCUAUUUUUCUAAAUUUCUACUGUUGCCUUAAUCCUUAAAUUUGACUCAUUUCGAACAUAUUUGCACUAUGAACUUUGUAAAGCUUGGAAGCUCGCUUAACGAACAGCACAACAAAAACCAAACCAAAAUAUCGAAUGAGGAAGAAAUCGCAGCAAAACAUGAUCAGGAGGAGAAUCACGGCCCUCGUUGAGAUGCUAAUUACGUGUAGUUAACAAACACCAUGUGAUUCAUUUAUUUCUAUAUCCUGGCCUGCUUCAGUGAUAAGGGUGGAGGUUUGUGGGUGAAGGACCAAAACUACUUUCCAGUACACAUAUAACACUAAAUAGAGGUUUGAAAUGGUAACAACAUGCAAUAAACUUGUGAAUGUGGCAGCCAG